CAAAAAUACGCGUGUUGACGUCUCUAGUAGAAGCAGGUGCUACGGGUCGUUACCAACAACAACACAAUAAUUCCAAAACGAAGUUGAAUUUUAAGUUUUUAACACCAGAAAGGUUGACACUGCACACAUAAACAUGGCAGAUGAGCGGUACUGUUUCCUUGUUGAGUGGUAUGAUGGGAUGGCCUCCCUGAUCCGCAGAUAUCACUUCAUGUUCUACACCAGGGACAACUCAGUUGAGAUGUUUGACAUAAAAAAUAACAGACUGUUUCUGAAGAGGACAAAAUGUGAUGGCGUGGGCCUUGGACAUCUGUACAUAGGGGCCACUCUGGAUCUCUUCUCACGUCAGAUCAACUUCAUUGACUACGGGGAUGACUUCACUAAGCAGAGACUCUCACAGCAGAAAGAAAGGACACUUGGAAUUAUCAAACCUGAUGCCAUCAACAAAGUAGGCCAGAUUCUUGAUGCCGUAUUCCAGUCAGGGUUCAAGGUCACGAAGCUGAAGAUGUGCCGGCUAACAAGGAACGAGGCUUUCUCCUUCUACCAGGAACAUCAGAGCAAAACAUUCUUCGACACAUUAAUCAACUUCAUGACGAGUGGACCAGUUGUAGCAUUUGAGCUGAUGGGAACAAAUGCCAUCAGUCAAUGGCGUGAGCUGAUUGGGCCAACUGACAGCGCAGAGGCGAGAAAGUCUGCACCAAUAAGCCUUAGGGCUCGUUUUGGCAAGGAUAACACCCAAAAUGCUAUUCAUGGCUCAGACAGUGUACAAUCUGCUGCAAGGGAGGUUGAGUUUUUCUUCCCGUCAACGAUGGGACCUCUCCGACAAAACACUGCCAAGUAUACAGAUUGCACAUGCUGUGUCAUCAAGCCCCAUGCUGUGGCAGCUGGUAAUGCUGGUAAGAUAAUCAGCGCCAUCAUGGAUGCCGGCUUCGAGGUUUCAUGUAUGCAGAUGUUCCACAUGGAAAAAGCCAACACCGAAGAGUUUUACGAGGUGUACAAGGGGGUCGCGCAGGAGUACAAUGCCAUGGUGAUGGAACUUACCUCGGGUCCUUGUAUUGCCCUCGAGGUUCGCGCUCAGAACGCACCGAUCGCCUUCCGGGAAAUGACAGGACCGGCAGACCCUGAGAUAGCCCGCCACCUGCGCCCCCGCACACUCCGUGCCCUGUAUGGUAUUGACAAGGUGAAGAAUGCCGUACACUGCACAGAUCUACCAGAAGAUGGUCUGCUUGAGAUUGAAUAUUUCUUCAAAGUGCUGGAUCGAUGAACAUAUUAAGGACUGCAAAUCAAAAGAUGCAGCUCACAUCAGCAUUCAACUUUGAACUUCUUUAUUUGUUUUUACAUGGAAGACAACAACAUCAGACUUACAGCUUAAGACAGUGAAAAUAGUAUUUAUUGGUGAAUUAACCAUUAAGCUGAACUUAUGACAAUAUGUGAAGUAAAAGUGUUUUUGUCUGUGAUAGUUAAAAAUUCUUAUAUGUACUAAACCGUGUCUUAUCUGUUAUGAUUAUCUUUAUUUCCACUGCCUCUCAGUCUCUGCAAGAAUGCCUCAUUAAAAGUACAUUUUAACAUUAUUUGGAACACAAAAAGUUGAAUAGUAAAUGUUAAAAAAUGUGUAAAUUUCUAUACAUAUAUAUUUGAAAAAAAAGAAAGAAAAAAACCCUACUUAGUAAUUUUGGGGAUGUUUCCCUAAACAGACUUUUUUGC